CCGUUCACAAGACGCCUGCACCGCACGAGCUCCUGAAAGCACGCUGCUGAAAGCUGUAGACUUUCCGAAAAUUUUUUUACAAGUUUGGAGCUUCUGAAUCGGGCCGCUGAUGCCGCAUUCAUGUUCUGCUGGGAGUAUGAAGUGAAAUAAGUGACUCUGUGUGCGGCUCGUGUUCUGCGGCUAUUAGCAAAUGCGCCUCGAGAACUAAGGACAAUGGAUUGCAGAGUCUUGCUGUUGUGGCUAUCUACGAACUGGAUACACGAUUGUGCAGAAGGCGGCUCGGAGCAUAACAGUCCGUACUGGGAGCAGCCAUUUUCUCAACCGUACUUUGACAAUACAACUCGCAGGGAGGUCACAACUACAGUGGGCCAAACAGCUCAUUUGCAUUGUAGAGUCAGAAACCUGGGAGACAGAGCUGUGUCGUGGAUCCGCAAGCGGGAUUUGCACAUUCUAACUGUUGGAAUUCUAACUUACACCAACGAUCAGAGAUUUCAGUCGUUGCACACAGAUGGUUCCGACGAGUGGACGCUAAAGGUGACGUCCCCUCAAACUAGAGAUUCCGGCAUCUACGAAUGUCAAGUCAGUACCGAACCUAAAAUUAGCCAAGCGUUCAAACUGAACGUUGUAGUGUCGAAGGCCAAAAUAGUUGGUAACCCCGAAUUGUACAUCAGAAGCGGGAGUGACAUAAACUUAACAUGCAUAGUUCUGCAGACGCCGGAUCCGCCAAGUUUCAUCUACUGGUAUCGGGGAGGAAACGUGAUUAACUAUUCACAGCGUGGUGGCAUAAGCGUAGUCACCGAGAAGCAAACACGAACAAGUCGUUUGUUGAUUUCCAGAGCUCUGCCCCAAGACAGUGGCAACUACACAUGCUCUCCCUCUAGCAGCGAUGCCGCUAGCGUUCUUGUGCAUGUUCUUAACGGGGAACAACCGGCAGCCAUGCAGCACGGAAACAAUAGCAGCACCGCUAUUUGCUGGACGAUAGAUUUUGUGCUCGUUAUAUUUCUGCAGUGCUUCGUACUAGAAAGGUGAAUUGCAACGAUCCAGUAAUCCAGUCUAUUAUAUCAACGAUAAAUGUUUAUCAAUUUGAUAAUGGAAACACUGUGGCCAUGUAAAUAUCAGCGAAUGACCAGUUAUUGUUGUAUGUCCAACACGUAUAUCAUAAUUUGUUUGUAUAAUUCUGAUGUACAUAGUUGUUGCUGUUAACUUGUUGUCAUAGAUGAAAAGUACAGCUGGCCUAUAUCGUAUGUUGUGGCUGUCUGAUUUAUUACCAUUAUUUAUUACACCAAUACGAUGUUUCUAAUAUCUCUAUCAAUCCAUUCCAUAUAUGUGCACACUUAAAAUUCAUGUGUUUGAUAAUCGGGACCGAACGUAGGAGGAAUCAAAUUUUGCGGGCUGAGCCUUUACUGGCCACAAUCGAUCACGUCGGAUAUGUUAUUCCCGACCUUAUAUAAAGUCACAAAACAAAAUAGAUCGAAAAGGUCUUCUCAAAGCACGUUCUUUUACAUUCUUAAAAUCCAGGCCCUAUAUUCCCGACUUUAUUUUCCGACUCAUUUUUCAUUAAGAUCUACGUAAAUCACUCCAUUUCGAAGUAUACCAUGACAAAGCUUAAGUAGUUGUAAUUUUUAACUCCGAUACUCCAUUCUAGUCGAAAUCAGAUAUUUUGCAAGAUUUACUGCUACGUUAUUUGAUUUUUACCAGCACUGACAAAUAUUAACAUUAACUUUUCGCCUCACGCAAUAUAGCGAUUCUUUCACGAUUUUCUUUCUCCUGAUUUUAUUGGCUAGAAGUCCAUUCCUGUAUACCCACAAUUAGUAGAGCUGUAUAAACUUCUAAAAAUAUAUUUUUUUAAUAAGUGUAUCUUCCAUCUUUCAUGUCAUCUACCCGUAUAUUAUUAUAAACGUAAUAUGUCUAUAUAUAUAUACACGUUACUAUAAUAUUGACUGUUUCAAUCCAUGGUUGUAUAUAUAUAUAUUUAAUUUAGGCUAAUUCAUUUUUCAUUUUUCAAAAUUAGCUACUAGACAUAAAUAACUACCUACCUAAUCGAUAAAAGCGCUCAUCGCGCGAUCAUCCCCCAACUGUUUUAUUUACCAAAUUGUUCAACUAAUCGUCACAUACAAACUUAAUGUGAAUUAAUAAUCGACGCAGCCCUCAGCUUAGACUAAGUCUCAUUAAUAUUGCAUAUCACUACAAAACCGGUAAUAAACCGCUGCGCCACGAUUUCAGACAUAGACCAUACCACUUUCGUAUCGCUUAGUCGUGUAACCCGAAAUGCAUUACUUAUAUUUUUCUAUCUACUGUACACCCUGAAUUUAAUUCUGUGAUCGAGAACAAUACAGACAUCCGUUCAAUUUACCGUGGUUACUAUUAUUAUUAUUAAUCAUUGUAUAAGUAAUGCAUUUUCCUAUGUGUAAAUUAUACUUUGCGGGAUAUAUUCAUUUCAUUCACGGCCUAACAAAUGUAAUGGAAUUAACCACAUGUGUGUAUUUAUUUCAUUAUAAAUGUAAUAUGUUGUGUAUAAAUAACAUCCAAUGUGCUCCAGUACUUGUUUUUAAACUCUAAUGUAAAACUCCGCCAUAACAUUUUCUAUAUCUUUAGGAAUCAAACAGCGUAAUUGUAUUCUGUUGUGUUUGUUUAAAUAAAAUAUAUCCGGUAUUUGUUUACAAAGUAGAUCGUUUAAAUUUAUUAUGUAUAUAUUAGCAAUAAUAGAAAAUAAUGUAACAAUAUAAGCUUCAAAAUUAGAACGCUAUUUAGAU